AUGGGGCCUGUCCUCAUGCUAGAUAAUCCUACGACACGUGGGACCUCAUCAACAUACCACAUAAUCCCCUCAUAUGCCGAUACUACGACCAACGCCACAUAUGGGGUCUGUGAACACGCCAAUUACUCCUAUGACACGUGCGACCUCAACACAAUAUCAAUAUCCCCCAUAUGCCGGUAUGAUGACCAACGCUGCACAUGGGGUCUGUCAACACGCCGGCUACUCCUACGACACGUGCGACCUCAACACUAUCAAUAUACCCCAUAUGCCGGCACGACGACCAACGCCGCAUAUGGGGUCUGUCAACACGCCGGUUACUCCUACGACACGUGCGAGCUCAACACAAUAUCAAUAUCCCCCAUAUACCGGUACGACGACCAACGCCGCAUAUGGGGUCUGUCAACACGCCGGCUACUCCUACGACAUUUGCAACCUCAACACAAUAUCAAUAUCCCCUAUAUGCCGAUACGACGACCAACGCCGCAUGUGGGGUCUGUCAACACGCCGGCUACUCCUACAACAAGUGCGACCUCACAAGCACAGGGUGGUACUUACACAGUGUAA